UGUUAUUUAUUGUUGCUGUUGUUGUUUCUUUAUUGGAACUAAGCAGUUGACAGCUAAAAAUGUCAUGGUACGAGAGCUUGAUUUACUUCUCGGAAGGAUGUGUGGGGCUUCAUUGCCUUAAGCUUCCUACGGUUUUGCUGUUUCAUCUGACCCUUCCCAAUCAAGGCUUUUUUCACCCUCUUUUCCAGCAAUAUAAGCCAUUUGUUCGAGUGGCAACGUUCACCUCAAGAUUCUCUCAGUUUUUUCUUCAAAAGUUUUUUUGGAGACCCUUUGGUUCACUCAUGUAGCAAUCAUCUUGCGAGUCUUCUUUAUUCCUUCUUUGGUGGUUUUUGUUUCUUUGGCGGUCUUUGGAAGUUCUCCUUUGACAUUCUUCCCUGUGUUUUAUUUAUCUGCUUUGAUUUGUUGUCAUGGUUAUCAAUAACAAGGAGAAGUGAAGCAUUGUCCCAAUGGCAAGGUUUAGGUGUUACAAAGGAGAGUUAAUACCGUGGAUCGUGUUCAAAGAAAUUCUUCCCUUUUGUUGUACCCGCAAUGGUGCAUUCUUUGUAGGAGAUAUGAGGAGGACCUUGAUCAUACACGGUCCAGUUAUAUCCAAAUUUAUCACUGCAUUUCGUGAACUGGCUACCUACAAAGAACAACUGCGUUCCCAGGUAGAACAUGUAUUAUCGGAUCGGUUGAUGCAGUUCCUGAACGAAGAUUUACAAGGAGUAAGGGACUCUCGCCAAUGCUUCGAUAAAGCUAUGCAUGAGUACGAUCAGGCUCGGGAAAAGUUUGUGUCAUUGAAAAAGAACACACGAGGGGACAUUGUUGCAGAAUUUGAAAAGGACCUCCUGAAUUCAAAGUCAGCAUUCGAGAAAAGCCGCUUCAAUCUAGUGAAUGCUCUCAUGAACGUUGAAGCAAAGAAGAAGUAUGAGUUCUUAGAAUCUAUAAGUGCACUGAUGGAUGCUCAUUUGAGAUAUUUUAAGCUAGGCCAUGACUUAUUGGGCCAGAUGGAACCUUUCAUUCAUCAGGUUCUAACAUAUACACAACAAUCUAAAGAACUGGCCAACAAUGAACAAGAUAAACUUGCAAAAAGAAUUCAGGAAUUCAGGUCACAAGCAGAGCUGGACAAUUUGCAAGAUUCCAAUAGCCUAGAUCUUUCCGUGAUUUCUGAUAGCAUUCUUGGUAGUGGUACUAGUUCCUACAGAAAUGUUGAAACAGCUUCCAUGUUCAUUGUCAAUGGGCAGGUUGAAACUAUAAAACAAGGAUAUCUCUUGAAACGAUCUUCAGGUUCGAGGGGAGAAUGGAAAAGGAUGUUUUUCGUACUUGAUAGUCAAGGUUCUCUCUAUUAUUAUAAGAACAAGGGAAACAAAUAUAUGGGCCAUCAAUCUCUUAGUUUCAAUCGUUCAAAUGAACACCACAAAAGUGUUUUUGAUAGAUUCCGUUCAAGGCACAAGAGGGCAUCAUCAUUCAAUGAAGAAAUUUUGCGUUGCUCUACAGUUAAUCUGCAUACGUCUACAAUAAAGAAGGAUGCAGAGGAUACAGACCUACGACUUUGCUUCAGAAUAAUUUCUCCCUCCAAGACCUACACUUUGCAGGCCGAAAACGAGGCAGAUAGGCUGGACUGGAUCAAUAAAAUCACGGGGGCUAUUGCAUCUCUUUUCAAUUCUUACUUUCUUCAACAGCCAUUUCUGGAAGCAAAACAUGAUGAAAGUUACAACAACAAUUUCGACGAUUAUAACGUACAGACACUACAUCAAAACAGACUAGAAGAUGGCAGUCAAGUAGGUUCUGUUUCUAAGAUAUUAAGAGAAAUUCCUGGAAAUGAUCUAUGUGCAGAAUGCGGCACUCCAGAGCCUAAGUGGGCCUCUCUAAACCUUGGCAUUUUGUUGUGCAUAGAAUGCUCUGGUGUUCAUCGUAAUCUUGGUGUCCAUAUUUCGAAGGUAAGAUCGAUAGUAUUAGAUGUCAAAGUCUGGGAGCCUUCAAUACUGGACUUGUUUAGGAACUUGGGCAAUGCUUAUUGUAACUCUAUUUGGGAAGGAUUGUUUCUUGCAGAUACGGGAAGCGAUAAUAUACAACACGACGUAGCCACGCCAAUUCCGAAACCAAGUCUCAAGGAUCCCAUACAGCGUCGGGAGAAAUAUGUUCAUGCCAAGUAUGUAGAGAAACUGUUUGUGGUCAAGGAUAGUGAAGCACCCGGCAACAAUUCUUAUGCAAAAAGUAUCUGGGAAGCUGUCAAAACAAAUGACUUGCGAGAAGCUUAUCGCCUCAUAGCAGUUUCAGCAGUAUCGAUUGUCAACUCAACUUUUGAUGAUGUGGUCAGUGUCAGUUCGAGCCCGAAUUUGGAUGAGGAGCCCUCGGGAAGUAAUCAAGAAUCUCAUAAUCCAUCGUUGUGUGGGAGAGAUUUGGAUUCUAGCGAGUCAAAGAACAGUCUUCAAGGUUGCUCACUAUUGCAUCUCGCUUGUCAAAAUGACAAUCAAGUGAUGCUUGAACUGUUAUUGCAAUUCGGUGCCAAUAUAAAUGUAUGCGACUCUAAUGGAAGUACGCCUUUGCACCAAUGCAUCUCCCAGAAAAACAAUACCUUGGCUAAGUUUCUACUUAGAAGAGGUGCACGACCAUCCAUCAAAGACGGUGGAGGAUUAAGUGCAUUAGAAAGAGCAAUGGAAAUGGGAGCAAUAGCCGAUGAGGAGCUAUUUCUUCUGCUUACAAGAUCUGAAUAAAGAAUACGAUGGAACACUUCUGAUUUAUAUCUUUUUGUCAGUCGAAUCUUGAAUUUUGUAAUUAUUGGUGGUGUUUUUAUCUGCCAUAACUUCUGUAAUCUCUUCAUUCUUGACCUUCAUAACAUUAACUUAUUGAUUUGCAGUGACAUGCAGCCACCAUGGCUCUUGCCCACUCGCAUAAAUGACAUGCUUUUUGAUUGAUUGAUU